AUGCCCGUCCGCGCGGCGGUCCUGAGCUUGCCAAGCAACUGCAGUCCAUGGAAGUUGUCCGUUUCAAUGCCCGACGGGAUCCACCAAGAGAGAGAGAGAGCACCGAGUGGCCACCGACCGAUGACCGAAGCGCAUCACUUGUGACUGAGCAACAACCACCACCCACCAAAUACCCACAACCGAACGACCUCUGACCAGACACUACCCACGUCUUCGAACACAACGACGGCGACGGCGAUUUCCUAGAAACAACACAACCUUUAUACCCCUAGUCGGCUUCAUAGCCGCCACAUAAUCAACAGCCAUGGUUUUGCAAGAUCUAGGUCGCCGCAUCAAUGCGGCCGUCAGCGACCUAACACGCGCCCCCAAUCUCGACGAGAAGGCCUUCGAUGGCAUGCUCAAGGAGAUCUGCUCUGCCCUGCUCGAAGCCGAUGUCAACGUCCGUCUCGUCGGUCAACUGCGCAAAUCGAUCAAGUCCACAGUCAACUUCAAGGAACUACCACCGGCCGUCAACAAGAAGCGAUUGAUCCAGAAAGCCGUCUUCGAUGAACUCGUCCGUCUCGUCGACCCCCAUGCCGAGCCCUUCAAGCCAAAGAAGGGCAAGUCCAACGUUAUCAUGUUUGUCGGUCUCCAGGGUGCUGGUAAGACGACGACAUGUACAAAGCUCGCCAGGCAUUACCAGUCGCGCGGUUUCCGCGUCGGUCUCGUCUGCGCCGAUACCUUUCGUGCCGGUGCCUUCGACCAGCUGAAGCAGAACGCGACCAAGGCCAAGAUCCCCUACUACGGCAGUUUGACGGAAACAGACCCUGUGGUGGUGGCGCGCGAUGGUGUGGACAAGUUCAAGAAGGAAAAGUUCGAGAUCAUCAUCGUCGAUACGUCGGGUCGUCACAGGCAAGAGGAGGCGCUCUUCCAGGAAAUGAUGGACAUUCAGACGGCAGUCAAGCCAGACGAGACCAUCAUGGUGCUCGAUGCCUCUAUCGGUCAACAAGCCGAAGCCCAAGCCAAGGCCUUCAAGGAGGCUGCCGACUUCGGUGCCAUUAUCAUCACCAAGACCGAUGGCCACGCCGCGGGUGGUGGUGCCAUCUCGGCCGUCGCUGCCACCCACACCCCCAUCGUCUUCAUCGGUACUGGUGAGCACAUGCUCGACUUGGAGCGCUUCGUACCCAACAACUUCAUCAGCAAACUCCUCGGCAUGGGCGACAUGGCUGGCCUCGUCGAGCACGUCCAGUCCCUCAAGCUCGACCAAAAGGAUACCAUCAAGCACAUCACCGAGGGCAUCUUCACCAUCCGCGACCUACGUGACCAGCUGCAGAACAUCAUGAAGAUGGGCCCCCUCAGCAAGAUGGCUGGCAUGAUCCCAGGAAUGAGCAACAUGAUGCAGAACAUGGACGACGAGGAGGGCUCGCUCAAGCUCAAGCGCAUGAUCUACAUCUGCGACAGCAUGACGGACAAGGAGCUCGACAGCGACGGCAAGAUCUUCAUUGACCAACCGACGCGUAUGACGCGUGUUGCCAGGGGUUCCGGCACGACGGUCAGAGAGGUCGAAGACCUGCUUACCCAGCAGCGCAUGAUGGCUGGCAUGGCGAAGAAGAUGGGCGGCAACAUGAAGAACAUGCAGCGUGCCCAGAGCGCCAUGGGAGGUGGUAACAAGGCGCAACAGCUGGCUGCCAUGCAGAAGCGUCUGCAGAGCAUGGGCGGCGGUGGCCAAGAUAUGGGCGGUCUAAUGAAAAUGCUCGGCGGCAUGGGCGGUGGUGGUGGUAUGGGUGGAAUGGACAUGAAUGCGAUGAUGAAACAGAUGAGCGGGUUGAUGGGAGGUGGCGGUGGACGUGGGAGGAGGUAA